AUGUUUCUGACAUGCUACAAAAAAGAGUGUGGAUUUUUCCUGUGGAUAGACCAGCCAAUAUCGCAUGGUAUCAAGGAUCGGCUCUCGUAUUCACCUCAGCCACGGGUCACAAGACUCCAACCUUAUGGGGAGAUAAAGGAGAUGUUUGAAAAACAUCGCCAAGAGGCUAAACAGAAAGCAUUUAUCCAACACCAGCGUCAUACACGCAAAUGUGACGAAGGCUUUGAAAUGUGUGACAACGGUUUUAACAGUCUAGGAAGUCCCAACAUCUUUCAUGGGCUUAGAUACAGAGAAUGGAUGCAUGAAGUAUGGGAAUCGUACAAGUUUUAUGUCCAAAAAAUGAAAGAAGACUCUCGAGACAACCCAGAUGCUACACUUUGUUUAGAGAAAGAUGAUGUACUGCGUCAGGCGUACUACAAGUACGCGAGAGAGGACGGGCAUCACCCCGAAAGUUACCGGGUGUUGAAGGUUUUGUAUGAAAGACACAUUGAAGGCAAACACGUACCUUUUCAACGUUAUGUUAUCACCCCUGAAGAACGUGAAGAGAUUGAAAACGAUAAACAGUUACCUUCUUAUUCUAGAGCGUUUGCACAAGGUGCACGCAGAUCAAAAUGUAUUGCUAUGCUUAACAUUAUAAGGAACCCUAGGUCUUCCUGUUUGUUCUAAAUAAAAAUGUUACAUCGCUGCCUGUGUGGAAAUAGAGCUGUCUUGAGAUCCUUUGAAAGAUUUUUAAAGUUUUUGUGUGAAAUAAAGUUUUAUUCAUCUUUACACCGCGUUAGUCACUAAUUAUGUUUAACAAAUGUUUGACUGGAGCUCUAAAAUUUGCAUGUGAACUAGCUCGUGUGCCUUUUGUUUGACAAACAAUAAGUCAUACACAACACCUACUCUGAUUCGAGUAAUACAUUUUGAUCUGCGUGCAUCUUGUGCAAACGCUCUAGAAUAAGAAGGUAACUGUUUAUCGUUUUCAAUCUCUUCACGUUCUUCAGGGGUGAUAACAUAACGUUGAAAAGGUACGUGUUUGCCUUCAAUGUGUCUUUCAUACAAAACCUUCAACACCCGGUAACUUUCGGGGUGAUGCCCGUCCUCUCUCGCGUACUUGUAGUACGCCUGACGCAGUACAUCAUCUUUCUCUAAACAAAGUGUAGCAUCUGGGUUGUCUCGAGAGUCUUCUUUCAUUUUUUGGACAUAAAACUUGUACGAUUCCCAUACUUCAUGCAUCCAUUCUCUGUAUCUAAGCCCAUGAAAGAUGUUGGGACUUCCUAGACUGUUAAAACCGUUGUCACACAUUUCAAAGCCUUCGUCACAUUUGCGUGUAUGGCGCUGGUGUUGGAUAAAUGCUUUCUGUUUAGCCUCUUGGCGAUGUUUUUCAAACAUCUCCUUUAUCUCCCCAUAAGGUUGGAGUCUUGUGACCCGUGGCUGAGGUGAAUACGAGAGCCGAUCCUUGCUACCAUGCUAUAUUGGCUGGUCUAUCCACAGGAAAAAUCCACACUCUUUUUUGUAGCAUGUCAGAAACAUUCGAUCCUGGCUCCAAGGCUGUUUACUUUUUCUCAAUGCCAGCUUCUUAGAACAAUCACAGACCAACUGAGCUGUAUAUUUUUUCACAUAAGAGUGUGUAUGAUGCGCGAUCCACUCUAUGUCCUCUUUCCAUUCUGAAGCAGUUGCAAACAUAAAACACAUUUUCUCGGGGGCAGUACACAUAGCAAAUUCCUUGCGCUUUUUCUACCAAUUCAAACGUUGAGUGGGGAUAAAAUGGGCAGAACUGACCGGGUAAGGAACUGGCUUUAUCUUCGGUCAGCAGAGGUGAAGCGCUCGAUUCGACUUGCAUGUUUGAAGCGAUGUUUUAAAAAAUAUUGGUGGUAGUAAGACUUUUUUCCUUAGCAAACCGAUUGCAAGAGUAAUAUGCUGAACGGAGAGCCCGCUUUUGUUUUAAACACAUAAGAGACUGUUUACUAUCCAAUCGGGGUUAAAAGAGCCCGGGCAAGUCUAGGCAAGCCUAUUAUUCCUAUUGUAGUAGAGUGACGCUCAUUAGUAAACCUAUCGACUUCAUUAUAUAUGGAGGAAGGCACUUAUUUAGUAUGGAGGAAAUCCAAAUUAGUAUGCGGGAAAUCCAAGGGAAAUCCAAAAUGAGGUUAAGUUUCAACAUAGUCUACUACUUGUAUUUCAUCACGACGGCGCGCGGGAAGCAAUUUCUUUGACGGAUUGAAAAAGUACUGUGGGGUAGGGAAGUGAUGGAGUGAAAACCACCCAUAUCCUUUUAAAGCAGAAGUAUUAAAAAUAUUCUUUAUAAAGCUAUCUAGAUAGGUAAAUUUUUUAGUGAAAUAUUGAAAAAGGAAUGACCCGGAGGGAAGGGCCAUCUCUAUUGUUUUCAUGUGUUUCUCUGUGACUGAUUCAUCACUGCCAGUGUGACGUCACAUACUAACGGGCGAGUGCCAGUCGGGUCGCAUGUGCAAAUUUGCAAGGGACACCGUAGUCAUUCGAACCAGAGAGGACGGGGAAAAAAUAAAAAGCUAGGCAAAUAGACCAUAAGUGCGGGAGCUUUGUUGUUGCUUUUAUCUGCUUGUGUAAACCGUAUUGGUAUGUUGUGUCCGUAAUUGUGUAAUUCUAUUUUUAAAAUUUGUGUCGAGGCCGUGUUUACGGGACCAGCAAGUGCAUAAAAUUGGUAACGUCUAGAGUCUCCAGAAAAGGAGAUUCGAUUCAGAGGUCACACACGUUUAUAUUCCAUAUAUUCUUCGCUGAUUAAAUCGACCAUACUUCUAAUCAAUCCCUUCGAGUGUGGGCCUCUGUUUAUUUCUUAAUUCUCCAUCAAAUUCAGUACAGUUUGUUUGGUUGAUUUUCUACAACGAUCAGCCCUUUGAACCCGAAAUAAUGAUGCAAAAUAAAGGCUUGAUAUACGUGCUUAAGCUAAUUUUUUCAAACAGCGUCUAUGGCAGAGAAAAAUGGUUUUAAUAUAUUAAAUUCCCCGGGGGGGUACUCGCCUAUAAAAGUGACGGGAGUGCUCGUGGAAAAUUUUCGAGAACACCCCUUAAAGGUACCAGAAUCUUGUUUUAUGGGCGUGCCCCAAAUUCAUUUCCACUCCUAAGAGGUACCAAUUCAACAACAACAAAUUAUAUAACUGGCGCUGCAAAUUUCAAUAGUAAAAAAGAUAACUUUUGAACAGUUUUCUUCUCAAGGAUUUUUUGAAAAUAUUGUCAUAAAUCUUUAUCCUAAUCAGUCAUUUAAGGUUUUAGCACCCUACGCGGUACGAAUUCACAAAUUUAAACCCCUAAAAGCUACGACCAGCACCCCCGUCACUGUUAUAGGGGAGUACCCCACCCGGGGCAAACUCACUUCACCAAAAACUGAGGUGCACAAUGGUGCAGUGGUCAAGGAGUUGCUUGCAUGUGCAGAUGAACUAGGUUCGACUGCCGGCGAGGCUGUUUUCUGUUUCUUUAUUGUAAAAUAUUUUAUUCUGUGAGGGAAUUUUCAGGUGGUUUGUUGAGCCAGAUGUAGGAACGAUAUUUACCCAAAAUAUGCAGGUAUUCGAGAUGGUAUGCAAACAAUGAAAUCCAAGGCCAAGACUAAAACAAAUAGCUAUAUGCCUUUGCCAAAUUAUCAGGACUAACAUACCAGGUUGAAAUUUACCAAAAUUAUGCAUAAUUAUCAACUGAACAUACGAUCCUGCCAUGAUCCUUACUGCGAUUACGGUAGACAAAGUUUAACCCUUGCUAUGCAGAAUUUUAGUACUUGGACUAGUUUUCCACAAAUUAGCAUAGAUAUGGGGUGGGAAAUGGGAAAUAUUUUUGGGAUGUAUAUAUGUUAUUCACCAGCCUUGGUCGAUCCGUAUUGGGAGAAACUGCCCGAGGUCUUGAGUACCACCCUAGGCCGUAGGCCGAGGGAGGUACUCAGACCGAGGGCACAGUUUCUCCCAAUACGGAUCGACCAAGGCCGGUCAAUAACAUUUUUAUUUUUUUCCUACUGACAUUUAAAAGUUUCUGGAAAAUUUUACUUCGGCCUCCUACCUAUGUAUGUUGAAGUAGAACGCGUUCGUGUUGAUGAAGCGCGCGAUCGAUUGCAAACCAAAACAAAACACACAACGUGAUUUUUAGCUUGUAAUUUAUAUUAUCACAAUUCAGCUCUGAGCUCUUUCAGAAUAAAGAAAGGUUUUUGUGUCUUGGUAGACAAAUCAUAACCUGAGUGUCAAACAAAGACAAAAGAAUUGACGAACUUGAUGUUAAAAGCCACAGCAAAAAAAAAAAACAGCAAAGAUUUUCUUCGCCUAAAUAAUUACUUUAAGAUUAGUUCAAUCGAGCGGGAUGAAAACUGCACAAGACUUUAUAAAAGGAGCUAAUUACAGAUACCAAUAUUAAGGUUUUGACUAUAAAUAAAUAAAAAUUAUAAGCUUUAAAAAAGUAAAGUAAAAGCAACAAAAAGGAUUCCUAACCUAACUGGUAACUUCUUAACCCUAACCUAACUUAACCUUACCCUAACCCCGGCUAACUCUAACUCGAGCUUUCCUUCCAUGAUUGCCACGAAAACCCUCCUCUUAAUGGUCAAGGGACUUGCAGGAAGUCAAAAUGGUGGGAGAGCGAAAAAUUGUCGAGUCCUGGCUCCAAGUCCUGGUUCGAGUCCUAGUUCGGUAUAUUGGCAUCCUCAUUGAAAGCUAUUAAAACUUAAGCUUAAAUGCAAUCAUUGACAACCUUUUCUGAAAAGUAGAAAACUAGCGAGACAAAAUUCAGUGAAAGACGACAGAAUCUAGAUUCAGACAUCAAAUGGAAAACAAAACUACAAAUAGUAUAUAGCUGCCGUAAGGCGACUUCUUUUACCGAUCAGCGCUAACAAUAGACGCACAAGUUUAUUCCGAUUUGAGUACUCGAGGGUUACAGUAAUAAGCAAGAUGGUAAACUAUUGACCCCAAAGACUCGACUGACAUUAGGUCCGAUGUACCGUAAUUUGCCGUAUUUGAUGUGUUAAUUGAGUUGUGUUGUGGUUUAAACUGAAAUACAAGGUGAAAAUAAAACUUCAGAAAUACUGUGAGCGCAAAAGAAAUACAGCAAAAAUGAAAUAUAGCAAACGAAUGGACAACGCACUUACAUUGUUUUGGCGCAAAACUUCUGACCGCAAAAGAGAUACUCCUGAUAGGAAACUACUACUUAGUGCUCUUGAAGAAACAAUAGGGCCAUUUAUACGAGGAAAAAUAAGACGCGAGCUGUACCAUUUAUACGAGCAUGUCUUAUCUAAUAAGACGCGUCUUAGCUAAGCCGCGUCUUAUUUUAGACGAAAUGUGCCGUUUAUACGGAAAGUUCCCGUCUUAUGUAAGACGCGUCUUAUUUUUCCUCGUAUAAAUGGCCCUAAUGUUGAAAUAAAAGCUGAACUGAAAAUGCUAGAUGGAGUAAGGUCACCCAUGCACAUUGCGUUGAUUGUAGUGAAUCCUUUAUUAACCCACAAUCAUUUAUUUUUUCUUGCAAGACUGUUCACAAAAAUUUCACCAGUUUGAAAAAACUCAAGAUCUUCCAACCAGAGGAGGGUCUGAUGUCGAACACUUCACUAUCAAUGGAAAUCGGUUUCUCGCCUUCGCAAACAUUUACAGUGAUACCGAAGAACAUAACACCGACUCUUUCAUCUACAAACAGAACGAUUCCACUGGAAAUUUUUUCCUUUAUCAGACUUUAGGCACACAUGGAAGCAUUAACAUGGAAUAUUUUAAAAUUGGUGAUCAACAUUACCUGGCUGUCGCAAAUCAUUAUGAUGGAACUUCGUACAGACUGAAUUCAGUUAUUUACCAGUGGAGUCUGAGUCAGGACAAAUUUGUCGUCUUCCAAAGCAUUGAAACAUUUGGAGCACACAGCUUUGACUUCUUCGAAAUAACAAAUGAGCAGUUUCUUGCCAUUUCAAAUUAUUAUAAUGACUCCUCGCACAGCAUCAACUCAUUCAUUUACAAAUGGAACAGUAAUGAAUUUGAAAAGAUUCAAGAGAUAGCAACCGAGGGGGCUGUUAGUGGUGAGACAUUUGUAAUCAGCAAUGAAACCUUCAUUGCAUUUGCAAACCAUUUUACCACACAAAAGCAGUAUGCAGUUCAGUCAGCUGUCUUUAAGUGGUCAGGGCAGCAAUUUGUCAAAGUGCAGUCUUUCCAGACAUAUGGAGCCCGAGAUGUGAAGUCAUUCAGUGACAACGGUUCUACUUUUCUCGCCUUUGCAAACUACAGACGUGGCAGUUCUCCCAUUUACAAGUGGAAUGGCAGUCAUUUUGUUCUAUUUCAAAGGAUUCCUACUCGUGGAGCAGCCGGGUUACAUCCCUUCAUGAUGUGCAGUCAAAGUUUUCUGGGUGUGGCUAGUGCCUAUGAUAACUACAACGAGUACAAUACUAUGUCAAUGGUAUAUCGAGUUUCUCAGGAACAUUUCAUUGAAUACCAAGAAAUUGCAACCCAGGGAGCUUUUGGUAUGACGUCAUUUCAAUACAAAGGACAUACUUACCUAGCAGUUGCAAAUCGUUUAACUAAUCUUAAGAAAUGGAAUAUCAACAGUACGCUGUAUAAGUGGGCCUAA